CGGAACGUGACACUUUUUCGUGUGUUCAGCCGGUGUUCAUAAUUAAUAUAAGACAUCAUCAAGACCAAAAAAUUUGUGCUUUAAAAAAAUACGUAAAUAAAAAAAUAAGUACAAGAAUGCUAGUUUUCAUGAAUGCACGUAUUUGGAAAACUAAUUGAAAUUAUUCGUUCUUGUUCUCUUCUCUUUAUAUAAUUGUAAUUAAAUUUAUAAGACAUAACAUUUAAAGUGAAUUAAGGAAAUGGUAUGCUGCUUUAAAAAUGAAAUUUCAUAAGUAUUAAGAAAAACAAUUUAAAAUCUAAUGGUGUUCCAGAUUGUUCCAUAUAGUUAUACUAAAGUACUUUUAAUAAAGAACAACCCAAAAAAAUGUAUAUAGCAACAGUAGGGAACUUUUUAUUGAAAAUUACAUUGAUUAGUAGUCGAAACCCAAUACUAUCGAUUCUUUUUAGCGGUUCGUAUGUCCCUAACUUCAAUUUGAUGGAUGAUUUUAUAUGACGUAACCGUAACAUUUAUGAGGCCUUUUAUGCCAAAAACUACUAGGGCUGUUGGCUUAAUUAGAUAAUAAUAAGUUAUAAUAACUUAUUUAGUUAUUAUUUAUUUCGUUAACAGCGUCAUCUUAUUAUGUGAAGUUAACUUAUCUCUUUUUCAGGGAAUAGCUUUUUAAGCAUAUAACUUCCCUUUCUGGUUUUCUUUGAAUUUUUUUUACAUACUUCUUUAGAGCUUGUAGUGUGCAAGAAGUGGAUGAAAAUUUAACAUAAUAGAAUUUUUUAUUGACUGAAACUUUUUUUAAACUAGAGCUACUAGCUUCUGUAUUGAGUUUGUAUUUUUUUGUGAAUUUUAAACUAUCUUUAUGUUGCUAUGACAACAAGUUAAACAGUUCAAAACAAUUGAGAAUUUUUCACUAGUUUCUAAGACAAUAAUAAAGUUUUUUGUGGCGCAUUCGUCUUAAAAAUGUGGAAUUUGAGUGGAUAUGAUAGCGAAGCGGUCGGAUUCGAUUCUGUGGCUGUUAAAAAAACCGAAGACGCGAGCACCGGCACUCAAACUACAGAAUUCUUUGAAGCGGCCGUCGCAACUCAAACUGUUGCUUACAAAGACGGUUCAUCGAUGACCUCUCCUACAGAGGAUUUGACGACAAAAGACGUAAAAUAUUCGGCAGCCAAUUUAAAUGCGUUCCUCCAAAGAGUAAUGCCGGGUAUGCUUGAGCAGCUAGACGAGAACAAAGAAAACGCAUACGAGUCUUCGGAAUCUGACGAGGAUAAUGAAAUUUUGACAGCUAAAUUGGUACAAGAGCUAAAGGUACGAGAAGUGCAAGGCAGCGGUGAUCAGGCACUGUCUGUACUAGACCUAUCUUGGAGUAAUACCGGCAACUCGUUAGCCGUGUCUCUAGGACAGAAGCAGCACGAGAAUUGGUGCACAGAUAACGGUUUAAUAAGGUUCUAUACGGUCAAAGUCAGUGCCGGCGACAAAUUAGUGCACAGCAUGGAUAUCAACGAGAAAAACUGUGUUUCAGUAUUGAAAUAUCAUCCGUCGGUCGCGGCUCUGUUCGUCUACGGGACGGUUACGGGCGAGAUUGUGAUCUGCGACCUUAGAAAUAACGAUGAACUUCAAAUGACGUCGCCGUCUGGUACGCACGGUUCGAAAAGGGUCACGGCGCUUUCUUGGCUGGAGUCCACAACCGCUGAAACGUUUUUUGCGAUCCACAUCAACAAUACAGGCAAGCGAAGGGCCUCGACCGAUCGCAUACUAGUUUCAUCCGGUAGCGACGGAACAAUCGUCGCAUGGCACGUCAACGCUGACAACAAAACGUUUGAAGCCAUUGUAACCUACUCCGUGAACGGAGCCCGCAAGAUGGCCGCCCCGGAUAUCAGCUGUUUUGAUUUCAUCAACACGUUUCCGCUACGUCCGACGGGCGAUAAAAUUUCGAACGACAUUUUCGUGGUCGGCACGAAUGUCGGUAAUUUAUUUUUGUGUAAUAUAAAGAACGCUCAGAGCGCAGCGCAUAGCGGCCACGUUGAUCCGGUCAGCGAUGUUCUAGAAAGCCACGCGACCUGCAUUUUGGCUGUUACGUUUCACCAAGAUAAGCCUGGCGUUUUUAUAACACUGUCCAUUGAUUCCGAAUUGAGGAUAUAUAAUGUUAAACAGGCCAGUCCCUUGAAGAUUAUAUCUCUGGAUUAUCAUGUGUCGUGUGUCGGCUGGCUCCCGUACAAUCCCUGGCUGGCCGUGGUCGGCACGGAAGCAGAGAUGCGCCUGUGUGACGUUGCUUGCGGGAGGGAAGUGCACGUCGAUGGGCUCAAAGGAACGGGCGGCGUUUGUAAGCUGGCCGUGAAUCAAAUCGGGGGUUGCAGGGUGGCGGCGGGUGACUCGGAAGGCUGCGUGAAGAUCUGGGAUCUACCGCGUUGCUCACACACUCCCGGGGACGAUUUAGACAUUUAAUUAUUAGGAUAAUACUAGAACUUAGUGCGCUUAGUGCGAGUUAUUUAACGUUCUCGAUAGCGUAAAAGUUAACUACUACGUUUUUGCCUACGUUUGCCGCUAGGGGCGCUGGUGUAACUCUAUACAAAUUUGAGUUAACUUUCACUCUCAUUAACAGCUCUCACUAAGCGCACUGGUUAAAUUGAUUUUAGAAUCGAAGGCUGAUUGUUUUUUUUUUUAAAUAGGUACCUAGUUUUGAUUUUCGGUUUGUUUUUCCUAAUAAACGCCUAUCUAUGGAUGGACAUAGAUAAUCUGUGUAGGAAAUAGGAGUUUUUAAGGAGUUUUUUAUUCGAAUAGGGUACAUAUGUUUAUUUAGAAUAUAGUUUGAUGGUUUUUUUGUUUAUGUAAUUUAAAUAAAUGAUUGUUUUCUGUUUUAUUAUACGUAUAAACUUUGUCUAUGGAUGGCUGUUGACAGUUGAGAAAUAAAGUUAUUUUUAAGGUAUAA